GCGUUCGCUCAGAGCGGAGAGCGUUGUGUUCGAAGAGGCCCGAGCAUAAUCUCACUCUCUCUUGUGCGCGCGACCCGUUUCGUUCUCAUUCCGCGCAUCCGUCAGAUUCACAUAUCUCCGAGACGCGCGAACAAAUAACGACGACCGAUUUUGUAAACGUAAAGUUUUUUUUUUGUUUUUAUUGACGAGUAAAUUUCGGAAAUUCUUCGCUGCCACGUAAUGUGUGUGCUGCUCAUUUCGUUCUCGAAAUUGCGAUAUCGUCGUCGUCGAAACAUUUGUCCCGAGUGCGAAUCGCCGAUCGACGCAAGUGGACCACUACCGAGUCUGCACCGAGAGAUGUGAUGAUUCUUGGAAUUGUAAUAUUGAAUUUGUAUAUUGGGCACAGUGCGCACUCAGCUGCUUGCAAAGAACUUGCAAACGUUUUACAUGACACGUGUUUUCACCAUAACCGAUUCUGGAUUCUCGACGAGAUCGCGAUAUAAAAAACUUCGGAGAGUAAAACGGGAGAGUUUUGUUCGCCAAGAAUUUAUAUGACCGCCAGAGAGAGAGAUUCCGAUUUGCUGCACGUGUGUUAAAUCGUGCGUGUGUAAGCGUUGAGAAGAGCAACCAGCACAACGCAACGGGACACGAACGAGCGAACCUGCGAGGUUGCCCCGAGAGAGCCGCCACCCUUUGCCGCUGACGAGGUGCGAACAAGGGGAACCAGCUCCCGAAUUCCCGAAUCGCGAGCGAAGUUCGACGUCCGGAGAGGGAAGAAGAGAAAGAACCGGCACGAAGAAGAAGAAGAAGCAGAAGAAGAAGAAGAAGAAGAAGAAGAAAAGAAGAAAAGAAGACGAGACCGACGACGAGAAUUCCGAACGAAACCGAAGAGGAAGUGAACACUCGAGAGCUCCUCUUGUGCAAUAAAGAGAAACCGCCGGGACCAGUUAAUUAGUUGUGCGAAGCGACGGAAUAUUGACGCUCGUCCCCGAAGAGCGGAGUUGACAUCAGUUGUGAAUCGCACGACUGAAAUCUCCUGAAACAGCUGCGCUUCUCCACUUGUUGAAUGAAAAUACACGUAAACGAGAGGCUCCAUUAGUUCGUUUGAGAAGAACACUCGGCGGAGACGAGCAGAGACGGACGGACUAAUUUGUCGGUAGGUGCGACUCUUGAACAUGGUCGGAUAACAGGUGAGGAAGAUCUUCUCUUCGGAACAAAAGAGAAAUUUCUUCGAGAAUCUCGCGGCUAAGAAAGGAGAAGAGACGAGAAGAAAGAGAGAGAGAGAGACGCGAAUGAAACUCUGCGUCACGUUCGGGAUUCGUCACCUACGAAAUACCGGGAAAUCGCGAUAAGAUAGCGACGGUCGUUCCACCGCUAAUAAAUAGUCUCACCUUUGAGGCGAGACAGGUUGCGAUCUUUUAGAGCGAAGGACGCGGCGAUUGCUCAGCCAGCCAGCCAGCCAGCCAACCGGCCGCAUCGGAAAAAGGAAUUCGAUCACGGCGAUAUCAAAUCGGAGCGGAGCGCGAAUUUCAAAGUGAUUCACGGACCAGAAGUUUCGUAAGAGAUCGAGACGUGUCGUGCAUCGCCGCUGAAAAGGGACAACUGGUGUUGCCUCAACGUGCGCUUUAUCGCGUCAUUAAGGAUCCUCGCGCGUGGAGGAAUCGCUCGAACGUGCUGAGCAAACUCGUAAUCGCGAUUACGUUCGUUCGCCAGGUAGAGAGAAAACGACGCGAGCAGCGAGGCUGUCUAUUCAUCGCCAUCGCGAUUUCUUCGAAGUCGCCGGGAAUUAACGAAGAAGCUUCUCCGCGAUCAACGCCGCGCACUAUUUAUAGCUUCUUCGUAUCUCUAACCGGUAUAAAUUUCGAUUAAUUGAUAAUCGUAAAUUAAACAUCUGCUCAUCGAAGGGAGAAACGAAGAGCACGAGAAUGAGAAUGGCGUGAAACAUCUUCAUGUUGAUGUCACGGCCGAACUUCUACCGAUAAUUCGUUUUUCUGCAACUUUUCUUUACCUUCAUCGGUACGUAUUCCUCUGAAAAUUUUCACCGAGAACGUAAUCCCAACGCGUCCGAUAAUUGAUCGGCGCGACAAUCAAACUCGUCGCGGAUGAGCGAGAAGAAGACGAGAAACGCGGUCAAAUAUUGUACUCGUUAUUAAGGACGAGAUUUAAUGGGGCAUACCGAAAAUUAAUUAGUGACUAAUAAUUCGUAAUUGCGCCGUGAAAGGUGGAAUCGCGCUUUGAUCGAUCGUUGCGGUAAUUACGCCGUAAGUGUGUCGCAAUUGUAGCCGGCGCGUGUGCUCGAGAAAAGGACAUCGUCCCUUCAUCGCGCGCGCGAGUGGGUCAGUGUCCCGACGAGAGGAUCCGGACCUGAGGAGUACUGGCGGUAAAGUGCAAAGUGAUGUAAUUGGUGCAUCCGCCGGGAGGCGAUGUGUGAUGCCAACUCGAAUGAUACUUAACCCACGCACCUGAUGACAAACGUAAACAGGAUCAGGGUGGUCGUCCUCGGCGGCCCCCAAGUCGGCAAGACAGCCGUGGUAGUGCGAUACUUGACGAGGCGAUUUAUUGGCGAAUACAGCUCGACCACUGAUUUCCUCUACCGACACAGCGUGACCAUCGACAAUGUCGCGAUGGAAGUUGAGAUACUCGACACGUCCAAGUGCGAGGAGAACGGCUGCAUGUACUCGCACAUAAGAUGGGGCGAGGCCUUCGUCAUCGUCUACAGCGUGACAUGUAAGAAGAGCUUUCAGGAAGCCCGUAGACUUCUCAAGCAACUCGCGGAUUUACGCCUGCCAUCCUACUUCACUACCCUGCUGCUCGGCAACAAGCGAGAUCUAGAUCACGCCCGAGAAGUGUGCGUAGACGAAGGCCAGCAACUGUCACUUACUCACGGAUGUCAGUUUUACGAGGUGAGCGCCGCGGAGAGUCCCGCCGGAGCAGCAUUGGCCUUUCAAGGGCUCUUGCGAGAAGCGAGAUCGGUUCAGUUGCUGCGAGCGUUGCCGAUCCGCAGAAAAUUGGGCGUGCACUCGGUCUCGAAGGUUCUCGGGACGAUUUUCGGCAAGAACAACACCAAGGACCGCAAAAAGAGGCCGUCUUUGAGCAUAUGACGCCUUCUACACGCCCUCCUCUUCAGCGGACAAGACGAGCCAAGCAAAAGAAACAACAUCGUCAUCCUCAACAGCAACGUCUACUCCAAUCGCUGACAAGGUCCUCGGCAAGGACGAAAAAUCUCCUUUCCUUGAAAAAAAAAAAAAAAAAAA